CAGUGGUUCAGGAUCUGAUUCAACAAGAGCAUAGCUUAUAUGCUCGUGACAAAAACUCGAUGUGCUUACUCACUCCACGAUGUCUCUCCAGGAAAAUGCGAUUCGAGCAAAAAUGAAGCACGGAGCCCUGUUGAUCGUCAUGUUCGGGCUGAGCGGCGUGCACUGCCUGCCCCGGAUAGACAGCCCGGAGGUCAAAGGUCGUCAAGUGGCCGCGGUCACCAACGCCGUGACCUCGACCGUGGACACGGUGGCCGCCGCCCUCCCGGCCGUCGCCGCCAACGUCGCCGCCAACGUCAACGUCAACACGACCCGAUCGGUGUCCCCCUUCGAGGACGCGGAGGGGGUCAAGGGGGCCGCCGACCACCUCCCGUAUAUCCCCAUCGUCCAGCUCAACCUCCUCUCCGCCAUCGGGCACAUCGUCUCCCCGCUCAUCAAGGGGGUCCUCGAGCCCCUCCUCAUGAACAUCGCUCUCGCCUGCGUCGGAGCCAUCGUCAAGACCAUCGCACAUCCUGAGGUGGACCUGAGCAAGCCGCACUACGAUGAGCACGACGGACCGUCAAAAUUCCCGAGCUACAGAUCCGAGGCCGAGACGACCGCUGGGGCCGUGGUGAGCUCCCUGUUCAGCGGGUUCGACGCCUACGUCAUGCGAGUGCCCGGGGCCGGCAAGUACCUCUUCAUCUCCUCCGACAGGAACCUCAAGCCGGGAGCGUCGGCGUCGAGCGAGGCCGGGAGUGACAAGAACUUGGCCCCGACCGAGGGCUACGAGGAGAUCCCCUUCAGCGCCAACCCCAUCCUCAACUCCAUCUUCGGCAACAUCCGUGUCCGAUCCGGGCCCAUCCCCGACAAGAAAGUCGAGAACUACGUCAGGCAGCAGCUCGGCGUCGCCGCGGCACCCGCCAACGCUGCCUAACCUCGCCACCCCCAUACAUAGACCUUGGGCUUUUGGAAACGAUGGUUUAGAACCCCUGACAUACGUCGGAUGAGGAUGCAUUAGAAAUUGGAGGACGAAGAGGAGGGAGAAGGAGGAGAUGGAGAAGAAAGAAGAAGAGGAUAACGGGAUGUGUUUCUGCCAAACGGAACAAUGUGCAUUAAGCCAUGAGCCCUGAGACCAUGACCCAUGAGAAUAUAUGCAUAACAGGGCUCACGCCAUAAUGCACAUAGUUCCGUCUGGCAGAAAUACGUCCAAUGAUGAAAAAGAAGUAGUAGCGGAAAUAGGAAGAUGGUGAGAAGGACGGGGAUUGCGAGAAGGAAAGGAGAGGAAAGAGGGUAGUAAGAAAAGGAAGGGAAGAAUAAAGAGGAAGAAUGAGAGCGGAAGGAGGACGAAGAAGACAAAGAGGGAGGGAAAAAGGUAGAAGAAAGAGAAAAAAGGAGACGACGAUGACGACGAAGAAGAAGGAGAGGAAGAGGAUAGAGAGAAAGUAGAAAUAGAAAAAGGAAUUUUUCUUAUUCCUCUGAUUCGUCUUCUUCAUUCUUUCCUUCUUUUCCUACUUCUACUAUUUGUCUUUUUUUCUUCCUUUCCUCUUUUUUCCUCUUUUUCUUCCUCAUUUUCAUCUCCUCCAUUUUCUUUUUCUCCCGAAUUCUAAUGAAUCCCCAUUGUUGACGUACGGCAAGCUCAGGAGUCCUACGCUCUGAGUCAAUCAUCGUAAAGAUAACUCACUAAUUUAUUUUAAUUUAUGUUUAAUUUAUUUAGUUUUAGCACCCGGUAAAGACGCGGCUUACAAGUAAGGACACCUAGUAGCUUAAUACAAAGUCAGAAGACCUUUGAAAGUUUCAAUAAUUAUUUUAGUUAUUUGUAGCUUCUCAUGAGUGUACCAAAAUUUAUACUUCUCUAUAAAUAUCUUUUUUUAGUAAACGACCGUAAAGUCAUCUCUUGAAUUCUUGAUGGAUCCACAUUUUAAAAAUAAGCCAAAAGCUCUUCUUCAAGUUUAAAUUUUGAAUUAAAUGAAAAUAUAAAUACAGAGACUCGAACGUUUUUACUACGUGAAGCAGGCCACGUUAAACAUCUUGAAUAAGGAAAGCAAGGUGAAAAAGUUGGCAUUGUAUUAACAUUCAUAAAUUAGUGUAGAAUUCAUAUUCAGCCGCUCUCUGUGUCUCAUUUUUGCGCGUCAAUAAUUUUGUGAUACCUACAAAAUAAAGUUUUGUUUUAAAGUC